AAGCUGCGGACAAGCUUUCCCACUAUCCAAGCUGUGCGGUCAUAACAAGGCGCCCCGGUCGGCUUUUGUAGUCUAAUCUGAACUCCCGUUCUCUCUUCUAUUCAUCAUUCGUCUAUCCUUUGUACAGAUCUCCAAUCUCUGUUCCGCUUGCGAUAGCAUCCUGGGAAGUAGCACGCGACAACGUCCACACCAGUCAACCGGCGCCGACACUACGAUAGCGACCAGACCGCACGCGAAGAUAAGGUCAUAAACGCGAUUGAAGCGAUUGGAAUACAGUGAUCACUCAAAAUGGCCGGCAAAUUGGACGCGAUGAAGCCGCAGAGAAAGAUUGAGCUCUUCUCAGGCUCGUACUUUGCGGCGUGUACGAUGGGCGGUAUUAUCGCGUGCGGACCUACACACACUAUGGUCACGCCGCUGGAUUUGGUGAAAUGCCGCCGUCAAGUCGAUUCCAACCUCUACAAGUCCAACUCACAAGCCUGGAAAAUGAUUUACUCCAAAGAAGGUCUGCGGGGCGUAUUCUUCGGCUGGACACCCACCUUUAUCGGCUACUCCAUGCAAGGUGCUGGAAAGUACGGGUUCUAUGAGGUAUUCAAAUACCUCUACGGCGAAAAGCUGGCGCCCGGCGCACCGCAAACAGUCGUAUACCUAGCUGCCUCCGCUUCCGCCGAGUUCCUCGCCGACAUCGCGCUAUGUCCUAUGGAAGCAAUCAAGGUCCGCAUGCAGACUACCAUGCCACCGUUCGCAAACACACUGAGAGAAGGCUGGUCGAAGGUGAUCAAGGAGGAGGGUGUUGGUGGUCUGUACAAGGGCUUAUACCCACUGUGGGCGCGUCAAAUCCCGUACACCAUGGUCAAGUUCGCUACAUUCGAAGAGACGGUCAAGCAAAUCUACGGCUUCUUGGGUAAGCCAAAGGAGUCAUACGGAAGCUUGCAGCAAACCGGCGUGAGCUUUCUCGGUGGAUACAUCGCUGGUAUAGGUUGUGCGGUCGUUUCGCAUCCCGCAGACGUGAUGGUCUCGAAGCUCAACAGCGACCGAAAGGCUGGCGAGGGCGCUGGUCAGGCUAUCGGCAGGAUAUACGGCAAGAUCGGUUUCGGUGGUCUUUGGAAUGGACUACCUGUUCGUAUAUUCAUGAUUGGUACUUUAACUGCGUUCCAAUGGCUCAUCUACGAUUCCUUCAAGGUCUACCUCGGCCUACCCACUACUGGUGGUCACUAAGGACGACGCAAAAUAAUUGUCACGCGUACAGUGUUUUGGGAGCACAACAGGAGCAAGUACUACCUAAUGACGUUUAAUUAUCUUCAUCAAUUCCUACCCUGUGUAGAGAGCUAUACAGGACAUUGCUUUCGAUGAGUAUGUCAAUGCAUGACCGGCGUAAUGUUGCUGCUGCCGCCGUGUAUGGUUGCAGACAUUGGACCAAAGAAGGUUUUUAUUCUUUGUAGAUCUCAUGAUAACAAUUACUCAACACGUUGCUAGUAACGAUUUAAUGAGACAGCUUCAGGUACGUGACACGAAAGUAAAUGA